AUGCUGACUAAGCUCUUCGGCCGCAGUCUGCUUAGGACUGGAGGGGUCUCUCCCAUCACCGACCUCAUCCAGGCUCGCUUCAGUAGUGUCUUGGCUGCCAGCGGCCCUGUGGUCGGUGGCACUGGGCAGCAGGAUAAGCCGAAGAGGACCAGGCGUAAGAAACAGCAUCGUGUGAUGAAGGAGGGUCCGCAUAUUACUGGCCUGCAUCAGCUGUGUGCCCUCUCCCCUGAGCUGAGCACGAUCGUGGGUGCACCUAAGGCGAGCCGUGUUGAUAUCACUAAGAAGCUGUGGGGUUACAUCAAGUCCCACAACCUGCAGGAGGAGACGGAUAAGAGAAACAUUAAGCCUGACGCUGCUCUGGGCAAGGAGCUUUCAAGUCGUAUUAUACCGCUGCCAGUGGUGAACAUGUGUACCAUGCAAAAGUAUGUACAGAAGCAUGUGACGAAAAUAGAGGCGCCAGCGUGA